AUGGCGGCACCUGAUCCAUUUGGGACAAUAGUCAAUGCUAUAACCUUGGCACAGCUCCUCAAAACUACAAUCAUCACAUUCGUCGAGGCUGAGAAGACAGAGAGAUCGUUGGUGACCCAGCUUCAUCUUAACGCGAGCACUCUAGACCGCUUUGUGGCUACAUUCCGGCGUGUCGAGGGCGCAGGCUUGAGUCGAGAUGAUCAAUCGGCCGUUGCUGAAGCUUGUAAUCUACUGGAACCUGAGAUCUUGAGUAUGAAGGAAGCAUGUGCUAAGAUUCAUGCGAGAGACUCAAGGUUUGGAAAGUACAUAUUGCGAGCAGCAUGGGUUACGUAUCGAAGACGACAGAUUGAGGCGUUAACAGUGCAGAUGAAGCAAUGGUCGGACACUUUUGGCGACUUCAUCGCAGGCUUGCCCAAGCACGUUAGAGACCGGCUCGAAACGGACGAAAAUCGAGCGGAUAUUUAUGCCAGUGCUGACCACAUGAGAGCUCUUUCAAACUUAUUUGCUUCGCUUGCAACCUCAGCCGCUUCAGAUGAAGCGCAUAGAUUGAAGAGACAAGCAGAUGAGGUUGAGAUCAUUGGCACCUCCGGAUCCCUCCGCUCUGCUACAUAUAAGGGAUCCAGAGUCCUGGUCGAAUACAAAACAUAUCGGCAAGGGGAAAGCGAUGAACGCAUCACAUACAUUGCUGAUCAAAUUGGCCGUCUGGUCAACUUUCUAGAGAGGGCAGACCCAAUUACGACUGGCAUCUUGGCCUGCGCUGGAUGGACUGAAAUACCGCAACUGGAUCGCUUCGGAAUCAUCUUCAAGAUGCCUCUUGGUUACAGGUUCUUCCCAGAUUCCCCAAAUAGGAGUGGUGGAUUGGCUACUCUUAAAUCGAUCAUUGCUGAAGGCGCUCCGGCGGCUUCAGAUCCUACGAAGCGAACAUACAGUCCCAAGCAUACUUUGAAUGAUCGAAUGGAGGUUGCGAGUACCAUAGCUACUGCACUGUUCUAUUUGCACAGUUACAACUGGGUUCAUGAGGGAGUCAGCACUAGCAAUAUUAUAAUGUUGGCCGAUGACGAUGGAGAAGAAGUGAACAAUAGUCCUUCCAACAAGGAAUAUCUCGGACGCCCUUUUCUUGUUGGGUUUGAUGGUGCCAGGUCGAAUGACGGGAUGACCUCAAUUGGUGGCAUCGAGGAGAUCGGAACGGACGAAAACCGCUUCACAGAGAAUAUCUAUCGGCAUCCCGACCGCCAGGGAGAGACAGCUGAGGAUCGCCUUAGGUACCAAAUGUGCCACGAUCAGUACAGCCUGGGAGCAGUCCUUCUCGAGAUCGGCAUUUGGAUGCCACUGGAAAAGGAGCCUUCCGUCAGAAGACUCCGCCAGCAAGAUUUUGGCAGUGCGCGAGAACGCCAUCUCGCUGUGAGGCAGGCGCUCAUCAAGUUAGCAGAGAGGAGGCUCGGAAUUACCUUUGGUCAAAGGUACCAAGACAUUGUGCUCAAGUGCUUGACUAUUAAGAGUUCUGCUUCAUACGAACUCUCUGGGUUGCUAUAUGAUGUAGUUGAACCGCUGUCAAGCAUGCGGUCAUCGUUGUCUGAAGUGUAG